UUUUUUUUUGGUUAAUCGUUUAUUGUUCGGCAAUUACCAUGAUCAAUCUAUUUAACUUAUGAUCAUGUGAUAUAAAUCGCUCUCUGCAUAACCUAUAAUCACGUGAUACAAAUCGCUUUCUGUUCCGUGAACAACAUUACCGACUGCAUCUAUAGAAGAACUGCAUUAGACUAAUGCAAUUCCGUGUCAAUUGUCAAGGAAAGAUUAAAUCAAGUUGUUAACGUUUGAAUGUGUGGAUAUUUUCUAAUUUCUAAAAAGUUUUAGCCGUUGAAUUAAAUGUUUUUUCGUAAUAUGUAUAUUUAGUUUUUAUUAAUAUAAAUCAACAAAAACGUUAAAGCUCUAUCUAAGAUAUAUUAAAUGUUUGGUGAAAAUAUAAACUUAACCUCUAAAAAUUGAUAAUUUCAAUUUUUUUAUUAUGGACAAGCAAACUUUAUUCGAUAUCCUACAUAAGGAGCUUCCAACUGAAAUUACAAAUUUACCUCCAAUUUGUAUUGAAGACUCUUCUGAUUUUAUCAAACGUUUCUUGGUGGAAAAUUUACCGAAAACAGAUAGUAAAAACGUAACUACCGAUUUAAAAUGGAAUUUUCUCUUGGAAAAACAUUCAUUUGAAAAGAAAAAGAAACAACUUAAAGGCAAGAAAAGUUUUCUUACGAGAAGACAGAGAAUUAAUUUAAAUUUGCAUAAACUACCAAAACAAGGUUGGAACUACGGAGAAUUAGAUACGUUGAGACAAAUGUGGAAAUCAUACAUGAGAGAGAACAUCGAUAUGGUAGAAGUACCAAAUUAUUUGGAUCCAAACUGGAAUGCUUUCAGUAUGGUUCUUGCAAAAUCGGAAUUAGUUGGAGCUGAACUAACUAUAAUCAAAUCGAGAGUUCCUAGUUUGAUAAGAAUGACAGGAACUGUUGUGUUGGAAACAAAAAUGACUUUCCAAAUUGUAACCCCCAAAUCUCAAUUGAAAGUUCUGCUUAAAGAUGGGUCUGUAUUUGAGUUUAGUUUGGAUGAUAUGAAGUUCACUGUAUAUGGAAAAUAUUUGAUUACGAAACCUAGUGAAAGGAGCGUUAAGAAAAUUAAAUCACAAAUGGUCCCCUAUAUUUGAUUAUUAUUAUUUGUAAAACGAAGUUUUUUGUUACAUUCAUAAUAAUAACAAUUUGAUUUCAUAAAAUAAUAAAAUUUAAUUCUCAUUCUCCUUAUUUUUUUUAUUAUCUAAUUUUCAACUUAUUGUUACAACAUUUUGAGUAUUAUAUUGCCUUCGCCCUUCAAAUGACAUCUCUGCAUUGAUUUAUUGUGCAGUUUCAUGUCUUUACGACGUUUUAUGGUGAAUUGAUUGAACUCUUCUUAUUGAAAACAAUGUUUCUUGUCUUUCAAUUGAAACUAUUAUAGUUUGAGUGUUGAAUUAACUUAGAGACGAGUUGUACUUUUGAUUUGUUGAGAAUUUGAGCUAUUUGUAUACGUUUCUCAUAUAGAUCCUUCUUCCUAUUGAGGGAAUUUAUACCAGGGAAUAUAUUCUUCUACUGAUUAGAUUCUUUGAAACAUUUGAUCUCAGUGUGGAUAAAUACUAAGAAAAAGCCACACUUAAUACACAAAUGGGUGAUAAAAUAAGAAUUCGACAUUUAAAAACAUGAUUUUAAUAUUUAAUAUUAACAGAUUAUUGUUAUUAUGAAGUAACAAUCAGAUCAGAAUUAAUUGUUGAUAAUUUUAUAUAUUUUUCGUUAAUAUAAAAAUACACAAAUGGUAGAAAAACAAUUGUUUGAGAUUUAUUCA